AUGCAUUUCCAGAAGCUCGCUAUUGUCUUUGCCCUUUCUGCCAUCGGUCUUGCUCAGGACGUUGACCGCGACGAUGUCCCCCAACAGUGCCGCCAAGUUUGCGAUUCAGUCACCAGGCUGACACGCGACUGUGACAACAGCACCAACGACGACAUGGCCGAGCGCCAAUGCAUCUGCAACGGCCAAAACGCAAACACUGCCGUUCCCCUCUGCGCAGCAUGCAUCAUGCAGAAUGGAGGAGAGAUGGACAAUGACGUAAACGACAUCGUCCGUGAAUGCGCCUUCACCACAACGUCCUACAACCCAUCCGCCGCUUCUACAGCACCCCCGGCUUCUGCUUCCGCGACGGGUGCUUCCGGUUCUGGUGGUUCUGGCACUGGUAACAGUCCUUCGGGUACGGGUGCUGCUGGUUCCGGCGAUGGCCCUGGCAAUGCUGCACCCGCCAACAUGGCUUCUGCGGCUUUGGGACUUGGUGGUUUGCUCGCGGCUCUUGGACUUGCCUUGUAG